AUGCAUUGUUUCAUUUUUUGCUAUGGCCAUCCUGCAGUUUGGAUGAGCUUCCCGCGUGGUAUUCAAGGGGCCAGCGGACGGGCGCUGUACGACCGUCCAGGCUCGCCUCCACCUCAAUUUCAGUUAAAGCUGAACAAGAUACCCGCCGGUCCUCAGUUCUACGAGAACUUUCGCGUCAAGAGGACUUCCUCGUUAAGAUGGCUUGAACUUCUUCCUCUUCCCAACGCCCCGUAA